CGCCGCGAGGAGUUGGGUGUUGUCAGCGCCGCGAGCUCCGGAGACUCGCCCUCGCUCAGCCAGAAACCAUCCGCCUGGGCCCGCGCGGGAGGAGCGGGGCCUCUGAGGGGAGCGGCGACCCCGCCGGCCCCGGUCUCUUUCCCUGGCGGCGGCGGCUUCUUCCGUAGGGCAAUAUGUUCAAGAGAAUGGCCGAAUUUGGGCCUGACUCCGGCGGGAGAGUGAAGGGGGUUACUAUCGUCAAACCAAUAGUUUAUGGUAAUGUUGCUCGAUAUUUUGGAAAGAAAAGAGAAGAGGAUGGGCACACCCAUCAGUGGACAGUGUAUGUAAAACCAUAUAGAAAUGAGGAUAUGUCAGCAUACGUGAAGAAAAUCCAAUUUAAAUUACAUGAAAGCUAUGGCAAUCCGUUAAGAGUUGUUACUAAGCCUCCAUAUGAAAUUACUGAAACAGGAUGGGGUGAAUUUGAAAUAAUCAUCAAAAUAUUUUUCAUUGAUCCUAAUGAGAGACCUGUAACCCUCUAUCAUUUAUUAAAGCUGUUUCAGUCAGACACCAAUGCAAUGCUGGGAAAAAAGACAGUGGUUUCAGAGUUCUAUGAUGAAAUGAUAUUUCAAGACCCAACAGCAAUGAUGCAACAAUUAUUAACAACAUCUCGCCAGCUAACAUUAGGAGCCUAUAAGCAUGAAACAGAAUUUGCAGAACUUGAAGUGAAAACCAGAGAAAAAUUAGAAGCUGCGAAAAAAAAAACAAGCUUUGAAAUUGCAGAGCUUAAGGAGAGAUUAAAGGCAAGUCGUGAAACUAUAAAUUGUUUAAAAAAUGAAAUCAGGAAACUUGAAGAAGAUGAUCAGACAAAAGACAUAUAAACAGUUCUAAGAGAGCUUGUUACUAAGCUAGCUGAAAGUAAGGUGACUUUAAGGGAGAAAUGGACCGCAAAUGCCAUGCUGUUUCUUAGAGAAACGACACGUGUAGGUGUUGACCACAGAUUUCCAGCAAUGGGGUCAAAGGAUUUGUACUUUUCAAGCAAUCUUUAAAGUGAAUAUAUGUGUAUAAUAAGAAUGAAUGCUGUAUAGGCAUUUUAUCAACCCAUUUUGGGGUAAUUCUAAUGUUAAGCACAAUUUAAAAAAAUUUUUGGCAUUGUAUGUAUAGCUUAUCCUUUUGACAGGCAUCACAAUUUCAUAAUAAAGUAUAAGUUGUACAAAUUUUGUACUUUCCUGGUAGAAUUAGAUGGUAAAUUAACAUGUGUAUUUAAUUUUUUAAGUUCUUACUGUCCCCAUCCUCUUUUGUAUCUGUUGUGCCCACUGCCCAAUAAGUACUCAAUAAAUGUAGUUUACAGAU